AUGAGCGGGGGCGUCUACGGCGGAGAUGAGGUGGGGGCGCUGGUCUUUGACAUUGGCUCCUUCUCAGUCCGCGCUGGGUACGCUGGGGAGGACUGCCCCAAGGCUGACUUCCCCACCACAGUGGGGCUGCUGGCCGCGGAGGAGGGGGGCGGGCUGGAGUUGGAGGGGGAGAAGGAGAAGAAAGGGAAGAUCUUUCACAUCGACACCAAUGCCCUCCACGUGCCUCGGGAUGGAGCGGAGGUCAUGUCACCCCUCAAGAAUGGCAUGAUCGAGGACUGGGAGUGCUUCCGUGCGAUCCUGGAUCACACCUACAGCAAACACGUCAAGUCUGAGCCAAAUCUGCACCCAGUGCUCAUGUCCGAGGCCCCGUGGAACACACGGGCCAAGCGGGAGAAGCUGACAGAGCUGAUGUUCGAGCAGUACAACAUUCCUGCCUUCUUCUUGUGCAAGACAGCUGUGCUUACUGCCUUUGCAAAUGGACGCUCCACAGGUCUGGUGCUGGACAGUGGGGCCACCCACACCACGGCCAUUCCAGUGCACGACGGCUACGUCCUGCAGCAAGGCAUUGUCAAGUCGCCCCUGGCAGGGGACUUCAUCUCCAUGCAGUGCCGAGAGCUCUUCCAGGAAAUGGCAAUUGACAUCAUCCCGCCUUACAUGAUCGCAGCCAAGGAGCCCGUACGGGAGGGCGCCCCCCCAAACUGGAAGAAGAAGGAGAAGUUACCCCAGGUUUCCAAGUCCUGGCAUAACUACAUGUGCAAUGAGGUGAUCCAGGACUUCCAGGCCUCCGUGCUGCAGGUCUCAGACUCUCCCUACGAUGAGCAGGUGGCUGCGCAGAUGCCCACAGUGCACUACGAGAUGCCCAAUGGCUACAACACAGACUAUGGUGCGGAGCGACUCCGCAUCCCUGAGGGCCUGUUUGAUCCUUCCAAUGUCAAGGGCCUUUCGGGGAACACCAUGUUAGGUGUGGGCCACGUGGUGACCACCAGCAUCGGCAUGUGCGACAUUGACAUUCGCCCGGGCCUGUACGGCAGUGUCAUUGUCACUGGUGGGAACACGCUGCUCCAGGGCUUCACUGACAGGCUCAAUCGAGAGCUUUCCCAGAAGACUCCACCGAGCAUGAGACUGAAGCUCAUCGCCAGCAACAGCACCAUGGAGCGCAAGUUCAGCCCCUGGAUCGGGGGCUCCAUCCUGGCCUCACUGGGCACUUUCCAGCAAAUGUGGAUCUCCAAGCAGGAAUAUGAGGAGGGCGGGAAGCAGUGUGUGGAGCGGAAGUGCCCCUGA